UCGAUCGCUCUCUCGGUCAUCCAAGAGCCAGCCGCGCCGCGCGCUCUAGCCCUGCUCCCGGCCCGACGCUCGUCGAGCGCGAUGGCGAAGGACGACGAGAAGCUCGCCGGCGGCGCCGCCGUGGGCGCCGUCAUCUCCUACUUCCUGUGGCCCGUGGCGGCCCCGGCGGCGGUCGUCAUGAUGAAGGCGCCCGGCGCCGCGGGGUUCCUCAUCUCCCGCGCCGCAUUUUUAGUAAACCCCAAACUCUACUUCGCCCUCCUCCGCACCGCCGGAGCGGCAGCCGCCGCCGCCGCGUUCGCCGCCUAGCGGCAAGCCGGCGACCCGAGCUAGUAAGAGUAAAUAAAAGAUGGCCGGUGGGCAGUGGCCGCACGCGCCUUCGGGCGUUUGGCCGUCGAUCACUCGUGCACGCCGCUGCUGCGAAUUUGCCUUCAUGCAUGUAUGCCGACUCUAUCGAUCCUAAUAUGAUAUCAGUUCAUGGCAAUGGUUUUCGCACGGCGAUGACAUUCUA